AAUGAAUUUUCCUGAAAACUUUCGGAGAUAAGUCAAAUCUCGUUUUAUGCUCCUACCUGAAAAAUAGUUGCUCGAACUUUCCAAAACCGGGAUUUCUUGUUCCCUACACAACAAAGUACUGGAGAGUGUUGAUUGGUCAGAAGACAGUGAUUGCUUGUUUAAAGCUCAUUUCCGGACGUGUUGCCUAGCUGUGAAAAGCCAAUUUGUUAAAAAUUUAUUUCCAAUGGUUCACGACGACAGUUCCACGCAGCAAAUAGUGGUAGGAGAAUGUCUUUUGUAUUUACUCGCAAACGUAGAAAUGUUAAUGAAUCUACGUCAAGAUUUGAAUUGACGUAUUUCGCUUGAUUUGAUGCAGGUUCGACGUUCGAACUCGACAUUUGGCGCGGGUAAUAAGUCGAUCACCAUGAAAGAGGUUCGUUGUUCAUUAUCGCAUAAAUAUUUCCUUGAAAUCUUUAUCAACGCUUAAUAACUACAGUUUUAAAUGAUACUUACUGUGGGUUAAUUUACGAAACGAUGCUUGUUUGUAAUUCAGAGAGACGAGGCUCCAAAGGAAAUCGACCUGAAAGAGAAGCCUGAAGCACGCGAGGACUUGAAAGAGGGAACAGAAGAUCAGGCAGGACUGUUGUCGAAAAUUUCAGGUGGCGUGUAUAAUAAAGCGGCUUCAGUUGUCGGUGGAGUUGGCUGGGUCGCUGGAACAGCAUUGUCGACCACAUUUACGGCAGUAUCGGCCGUAGGGGGAGUUGCAUUAACGCCAUUUAGGAAAUCCCCAAAGGACAAAUCUGACUGAAGGCUCUAGUCGACAGUACAGUAACACAAAACGGCGGGCGAAUGUCAAGAAUCUGGGAGAACUUAUUUUCUAUCACAGUCUUCAGGGACUGAAGAGGAGAUAUUUACUUUUAUGAGUUCUUGUCGAUGAAAGUCUUCUUAUUCCACAAUGGGACCUGAUGGUAAAUAAUGUAAACUUGACGAAGGCCCUACUCAUCAAUAUUGUAUUCUGUAGGAGAACGAUCGUAUUUAUUGCCUUUCUUUCAAAUCAAAUACCCUUAUUUUUCAGGCUUUUCUUUGAUGUUACUUUAGAAUAGUGUAGUAUGAAAAUACGUGAUAAUAUUGAGUCGGUACAUAACUUAUCAGUUAUCAUUUUUACCUUUUGAAAACUGCUUGUUCAGCUGUUGUACGUUGCUAAUUAGCAUUGAACAUUUUGUAAUUGUUAUUGCCAUGCAAUGGUGGUUUUUAGGGUAUGGCAGCAAUAAUUUUAUAGGAAAGAACUAAAUUCGUAUUCUUUGCAAGAAUUAAUAAUUAUUGUAAAUAUAAAAUAUGUUUUAUAGUUCCCUUUCAAAGGAAUAACAAUAAUAUAUUACAUAGCGUGGGUGUCACUUGCAAUAUAGAUUAAAGUUGUUGCAAAACCGAUUCUUUUUCCUUUAGAUAUUGGGGAUGUUCAUUUCCAUUUUCAAUGUUUUUACAUGUAUAUCUUCCUUCUGAGGUUUCACCACAUGUGUAAAAGGGGGAUUUUAACAUAGUUAUAAGUAAUAAUGAACU